AUCAAACGCAGCGUGAAGAAUGUUUUGGACAAUAGCCUAGUGCCAAGUUGGGCUGGGUUACGAGGGGAGCCGUCCAACAAAUCCUGCCGUGCCAGUAAUGUUAUCGCCUUUACAGUGGAAGCAAUUUGGUCCUCGUUUGGAAUUUUCUGGCCAGAUUCAAGCAAACAAAAAGGCAAAGAAGGCUGCUUAAAUGUUGCUUGCAUUGGUAUCUUUCCCCUCUUGCCUGAGCUUAUCUCAGCAGCAGCCUUGCCGUUCAAAUUAUCUUCCCAGAUGUAUAAUCGCUUUUAAAGACGUAAGGAAGCCUCGCAAUCGCAUUACACGGCCUCAGAUAUUGCCAUCCACUUUUGGAGAUGCUUUUGGGUUCCGGGUUUUUGUGCUUUCUGACUUGCACACUGACUACCCUGAGAAUCUGAAAUGGGUCAACAGCUUGUCAUCUAAGAGGCACAAAAGAGAUAUUCUUCUCGUUGCUGGUGAUGUUGCUGAGACAUGUAACAACUUUUUCUUCACUAUGUCCCUUUUGAAGGAUAGAUUUCAACAUGUCUUCUAUGUUCCUGGAAAUCAUGAUCUCUGGUGUCGUUGGGAGCAAGACCAUUUUCUUGAUUCUCUUGAAAAGCUGAAUAAAUUGCUUGAUGCAUGUAGAGGACUUGGAGUUGAGACUAAACCAAUGGCUAUUGAGGGCUUGGGAAUCAUACCUUUGUUUUCUUGGUACCAUGAGAGUUUUGAUAGAGAGCAGGACAUCACUAGCAUCAGAAUUCCGUCUCUAGAGAUGGCAUGCAAGGACUUCCGUGCAUGCAAGUGGCCACAGGAACUUUCAAGCAGAGAUACCUCCCUUGCUCUCUAUUUUGAUGCAAUGAAUGAAGAAAAUGAGGAUAAAAUCAAGGUUAUCCAGAAGACUUGUUGCCAAAUAAUCACAUUUUCUCACUUUGUUCCCAGGCAAGAGCUCUGUCCAGAGAAGAGGAUGCUAUUCUAUCCAAACCUCCCAAAAAUCAUUGGUUCUGAUUGUCUUGAGGUUCGCAUAAGAUCAAUACAUGGAACUAAGGGGAAUGCAUCUGCAUGCCAUGUGUUCGGUCAUACCCAUUUUUGUUGGGAUGCUAUGCUGGAUGGUAUCAGGCUACGUUAUCUUGGGUCUGAUAUGGGAUUCUUCUCUACUGCCUGGAGUAAACCAGGAUCCAAUUUUUCAAUGUAUUGAGAGAUGCUUGGCUAGGUGAAUUUUGUUGGGAUUGGACCAAGUAAACAGAUUAUUAAAGCAUAGACUUUUGAAGCUGAACAUGGGUAAGUUUCAUGGAAUAAUAUGCAUAUGUGGAGGUGAUGGUACUUGUCAGUUUUGUAUGGUAGGAACAGUGAUGCAAAAAGUAACUAUGAGACAUGGGAAAGCUAAGGUAUGCUUUUUAGAUAGGCAACAUGAAUGGUAAUAUAGAUUCAUACUUGCUGAGGGAUUAUAAUUUUGCUAUUUCUUCCCUUAAUAAUGUUGGUCUUCUUUUUUCUUUUGAUCAAUAUGUUUUGAUUCAGUUAUACAAGGAUGUGAGUGUCCAACAGAUCAAAAAAAGGAUGCGAGUGUCCUUUAAUGGAGUGAGAUAAUAUUAAAUAUUGAAAGCAAGCUGCUCAUUUGUGUUGUUUGGCAGCAAGGAGUAGAAUGAAGUGAUUUUUAUGUGCCAGUCCUACUAGGUUGAAUCUUGAUUAGGAACAAAGUUGUCAAUUACAUGAUCUAAUUAGUUGUGUGCGUUCGGCAUAACGUAGGGAUGUGGUUCACUCAAUUUAGUUUUGGUAGAGUGCUUCGUUCUUUUUCACUUAUAGAUGUGGUUCAUCCCUACUAGAUUGCAAUCUGUUGUUAAAAUUGAAAGUCUUAUCUUCAGAAAGAUGUAUUGGUACAUACUUCAAAUAAUUGCCAUAACAUUGAAACUUGUCUACCAAUAAGAGGUAUUAAUUUGAAGCAUGGAUGCAUCUCAUAAUAAAAUUGAGAAACUCAAAUCUCAUGUGCGUGGCGUGGUGCAGGUAUGUACAGGCACCAUUGGCAUACCCCAGGGAAAGGAAGAGGAGGAUGAAUGGGGGUGAAACUUGGCUGCCAUUUUGUAUCUAUUCUGAUGGGAAUUUCGCUGAUAGACUCUCACCUUGUUAUUGGUCUGAUUAUUAUGCAGCCAA